AUGCUGAAGCCAUUUCUGCAACAAAUACGAUAUGCCAAAAGCCACAGAAGUCUAUUGUCAAGAGUUAAUGCAUUAACCAAUUAUCAGACCCAAAAUUUUCAACAAAGAGUACACAGUUAUGCCAAAGGUCAAGCGUUUUCGAAAUAUGAAAAAUCAACACCUCAACCUCAAUGUGUGGAAAAUACUACAACUCAACCUCCAGACUUAGAAGGAGUUAUCAAGAAAAUUAAGGUCAAAGUCAAAGAAGUAAAUAAUUUACCUUCUGGAAAACGCAUCAUUGUGGAGUUUGAUGAGAUAGGCAUGCCUAUUGGUGAAGGACAAGGUGUUCUUGCAGGAUUUUGUGGUAUAUUGGCAACUGAUGGCAAUUUGUUUCCAAUUAAUUUUGAAAGGUGGUCUGGGAAAACAGGCAUGCCUAACACUUAUUUUUUGGAAUGCUUUAAGGGAAUGUUGCAGCCUCAAUUUUGUUUUCGGAUCGCUGAAGCUAAUGCACAACGAUAUUGUAAAUUAACUCUUGGUAGAAAAUGGGUUGCACAUAGGCAAAAUUUGUGGAAUGAGUUUUAUGAUCCAGCGAAAACCAAAGAUCAGAUCAUAAGUAAUGUGCCAACCGGUAUAGAAAGAACUCAAUGGGCUCAUUUUGUUACUUAUCAUCUAAAACCAGAAACACUGGAGAUGUGUAAAAAAAAUAGAGAAAACCGCAACAAGCAAAUAAUUCCUCAUACAGGUGGUUCUAAGCCUUUCUCAAGAAAAAGGCAUGAGAUGUUUAUGGAAACUGGACAACUGCCUAGUCGUGGAAAGCUAUACAUUGAAACUCAUAAAAGAAAGGAUGGAUCAUUUAUAAAUGACGCGGCAAAAGAUAUAGCGGAACAAAUUGAAGUGGGUUUGACUCAAAGUACUACCAAUGAAUCAGAGGUUUCUCCUGAUGAUGUUCUUGGUAAAGUGUUAGGCCCAGAGCAUUCUAGGAGAGUACGAUGCAUGGGUUUGGGAGUAGCUCCUACUAAUGCAUUUAGGAAUACAAGACUUCGACUUUCAGAUUUAAGUCUUGCUUCAUCUACCACUAUCCCAUCAUCGUCUUCUAAUGAGUGGAAACAAAAGUACAACAAUUUAGAAUCAGCACUUAAAGCAUACAUGAUAAUGAAGGAAGGAAAGAUUCUUGAUUAA